UUAGCAGCAAAGCAACUCCAGCUACAAACACUCUUGGUAUGGAUGCCACUAUUGAUCUUACUAGGUUGUUGCUGCUACUCGAGUUUCCAAUUUCCUUGAUUUACUACAGAUUUGAGUUAAUUGAGCAGGUGUUGUUUAUUGAUUUCGUUUUUUUGGGUAGCAGUUUUAAGGGCUCUUCAUUGCCACAGUCUCCUCUAAAGUGGAAGAAUGUUGUCAAAAGCACUGGGAAAGUAUGUGCCGCGGCAACAGCUGUUGCAACAACUCCAGUAGAGGAAGCCAAAGAGUUCACACUUCCCUCAUGGGCCAUGUUUGAACUUGGAAGGGCCCCUGUGUUUUGGAAAACUAUGAACGGUCUUCCACCUACGGCUGGAGAAAAGCUAAGGAUUUUCUACAAUCCAGCUGCAAAGAAUCUUGUUCCAAAUGAAGAAUAUGGGGUUGCCUUUAAUGGAGGUUUUAAUCAGCCUAUAAUGUGUGGUGGUGAGCCAAGGGCAAUGCUUAGGAAAAGUCGAGGCAAAGCUGAUUCCCCAAUAUAUUCCAUCCAGAUUUGCAUUCCGAAGCAUGCUCUGAACUUAAUUUUUUCAUUUACAAAUGGAGAUGAAUGGGAUGGUCCUUACAGACUACAAGUUCAAGUUCCCAAGGCUUUCAAAAACAAACCAAUUGAAUUCUUCAACAAGGGACUAGCGGAAGAGCUGAGUAAAGAUGGUGCUUGCGAACGAGCAAUCUUCCCUGAUACAAGCAUUGUAGUGAAUAGAUGUUCCAUCAUGGGGAACUUGACCGUUGAAGGAGGUGACCGUUGCAACCUUGAUCUCGUACUGGGAUGCACAGAUCCCAGCUCACCACUCUAUGAUCCAAAUGCCAAUGUAGACGACGGAACAUGCCCCAUGGAUCUGGAUGCUUAAUAGCACUUCGCAUUCAGUACCUUCCCCAUCUCAGUCGUAAAUAUGUCACGGUGUUUUUAAAUGUAUGUUGUAUUGUGUUAGUCUCUGAAGAGUAUAGUGGAAAGCUACUGAGAAUGUUAGCACUAUAUCAUAGAUUUUUACCAGGACUACAAGCCAUAGAUGCAAAUCUCAUGUGUGCUUAUUUAAGGUAGUACUGUUUUUGGGCUCCCUGCUGAUUUCUUAAAGAAUUGUACACUGGUCAGGUGCAUAUAUAUACACGAGUUUGUAGUUCCAUACCAAUAUUAGACU